AUGGCAAUGCCCCAGAUCAGUAACGCCGACCAGGCCAAGCUGCAGCUGAUGCAGGAGAUGGAGAUCGAGAUGAUGUCCGAUUUAUAUAACCGCAUGACGAACGCUUGCCACAAGAAGUGUAUACCUCCCCGCUACUUCGAAGCGGAGUUAGGCAAGGGCGAGAUGGUCUGCAUCGAUCGAUGCGUCGCCAAGUACCUGGACAUUCACGAGAAGAUCGGCAAAAAGCUCACGGCUAUGUCCAUGCAAGAUGAGGAGCUAAUGAAGAAGAUGUCCAGUUAACCAGGCACCCAAUAGUCAGCCAUCAGUGCAUUUUCAAAGCUUUGAUUGUUAGAGAUACAUGUACAAAUCAUCCAGUUGUAGAGAAUAAACCACGGACGUAUGAGUGCCACAUAACAA